AUGUGGCAGAAAUUCAGUAGGCCACGAACGGUCCGACAAGGUAGACGUGAACUCUCUGGCGCGACAUCUGGACGUGAAUCUCCUAUGGACAUUCCUGCUGGGGCGGACGCGUACUAAGUUCGCCUAGAACAUUGCCGUUGCAUAAGAAUAAAACGGCAAGUGCUAGAUCUAACAGAAUCGAUUCUAAUGCGUGAAAAUAACGAACCGGAAAUGAAUCGCAAGUGAUAUUUUGCAGACUGGUGGUAAAAUAUUGUCGAUCUUGUGAGAAAGUUUUCCUACAACGACUGGACAGGUCGUUGAGGCCUCCAUUUUCAUCUGAACCCAAUUUGGGAGGUUUCACGCCGCUGGGAAGAUAAAGUGCCGUAUCUGGUUGCACCCUAAGUGGUAGCAAUUCAAAAACCGACUUGCGUUGUGAACAAAGCAGUGGGAGAAAUACCGACACAAUAAGUACCCAACUGUGUCCCGUCAUAAGAGGUGAUAAAUCAUUAAAAGUUGAAAUCAAGUCUUUUGUGUUAAAUUCGGCGCCCUCUUUCUCUCGGUUGGCGAACAAAAGAGUCGCGAAACAAGGCGCGGUGAAAUUUGCAAAACCUGAGUGAUUGAGAAGUUUGCAGGAAAAAAAUAAGGAAAGACAAGAAGAAGUAAGCAAUUAGUGACAUCUCCCUGUGUCUUUUUUUGUGUGAUCAUUCCUGGCGAAAAGUGAGAGUAAAAGUGACAACUCAAAACGACAAUCGCACAUUCAGAGGAAAGUUGAACCACCCCUGGAGCGGAGUGACCGGAACCAUUAUCGCCUGUGACAUAAGGAAAGAAAUUCGAGUCUCGACCAGUUGGAUUAUCUUUUGUGUUGCGAAGGGAGUGUCGUCAAGUGGUGCGUGGAGUUAGUUGCAAUUACGGUAGACCAAGCAAAAAAAGAAAAAUAGAUAGUGCAGACCGAGUGUAGGAAGUAGCCAUUAACCAGACCAACCGACGAACGGAAGACUUUCCUGUGGACUAACGACAAGACGGAUUGCAGGAUGAAGCUGUUCAUUGUGCUGAUAGCCGUGUUGGCAUUGUAUCAACGCGUUGAGGCGCAAAAUGCAACUUCAAAAGCGACAGACGCAGACAGCAGUGCUUCCGACAAAAAGGAAAAAGUCACCGAAGAGAAGACAAAAGAGACCACCAACCCAGAUGCUCGCGGAAAGCGAAACUUGGAGUUGGGGAACCAUGGCUACAACUACUACCAGACUGUUCCAUUUCGAGCGGAUCGUCGAAUCUCGAAUGCCUACCAAGACUCCCGUCCACCCUACUAUCAUCCCAAUAACUAUGUCCAUCAUCCACAAUCGCUAGUCGGUCCUCCGCCGUCCCACCAAUAUCACGGUAAACCUCCUCCUUAUGCGGUCCAGAUGGAACCGCUCUUGAAGCACUCCGAACACGAUCCUCUUUAUCCUUCUCAUGUUCAUCCCACAGGUUUCGAGAGUGACAUCUCCAACUCCGUUCACAAUUAUCAGCCGUCGGGACCACAUCACCAUCAACCAGUCUACUUAGAAGCUCCAGAGCCGAUCAUUGAAAUUAUCAUCAAGGAGAGCAACGAAUCGGCCCCUUACGAACCUCAGCCAGUUUACCCUUCUCAGAAAAAGAAGAAGGAAGAAGUGCAAGUAUUCUACGUGAAGUAUCAUAAAGACGACAAGCAUGGAAUCGUGCUGGAUUCCCCGGUUCCUGCUUUGAAGCCAUUGCCUGACGAGAGCGAAGAAGAAGGUGACGCAAGUUCACUGCACGAUCAGCCUAUUAUAGUUACACCAAGCCCACCAUUGAAGACGACUACCCUGAGAGCCAUCAUAAAUCCAGAUUCAGAGAAAUAUCACAGCAACAGUGGCAUCCGUAUCUCAUUUGGCAUUGAGGACAAGCAUCAGGCUGGACAUCAGAUUUCAGAAACUGAGAGUGAAAGUGUUGCUCAACCAGUCGUUGCUCUUCCCCAAGGUCAUGCCUUGCCCCAACCACAAGCACUGACGCAACCGCAGCAUCAAACUGUUCAUCAACAAGCCCACCUGCAACAGGCACCGCAACCUUACCAUCAGCACCUUUCUAGUCAACAUAAGGCUGAUCAGUUCUAUCAACAGCAUCAGCAAUUCGUCCAACAGAGGUCCUUCCCAACUGCUGCUCCAUUUUCUGGCCAACCCCAAUACCAUCAACAAUCUUCUCAGCUUCAUCAAAAUUUUGUACAGAGCUUCGGUCCCUCGAGCCCUGCCCCUCAAUUCCGUCCUCAACCACAAUAUCAAUUCCAGCAGUUUCCACCCCAAUCUCACCGAUUCCAAAGCUUUGAUCAGGGUAGAAAUUACGUUCAACACCAACCUCAACCGCAAUUUAGGGGUUCAAUUUCUCAACCUCAGCAAUACGUACAGCCACCUCGUCAGCAAGUACAUUUCAGCGCCCCAGUUGUGCCACAGCCUCAGCAGCAACCUCAGCCUCAACCUCAGCCGCAACCUCAGCCACAACCCCAGCCACAUUUUUUCCCACAGCCUCAGCAGCUUCGUCAUCCUCAGCCUCAAGACUUCCAACAACAGCCCGCUCAACCCAAACCCAUUCCAAUCCCACUGCACAACAUCAAUAACCAACCUCCGCUAAGGCACCAAUACACUCAAGCUCCUCAGCAAAAUCAAUUCAAUCAACCUUUCAACAAUUUCCACAAGCAUCAACAAACUCUUCAACCACCCAAGCCUCCCCAUCACAACCUACCUCCUCCUCCUCCUCCUGCACCACAAUCUCCACCUCAACCACCACAACAAACUCGAUUCCAAGAAAACAAUCGCCCAGCAUAUCGCGGAAACUUUGUGGAAAUUCCACGGCCCGUCCAAGGAGGACUCGUCCAACAAGCUGCUCCAAAUCUUGGCCCCACUCGGACGCCUGACUACCAAGCUUCCAGCUCCGAUCACCAAAACAACCUUCGUAACAUUCUGCCCGCUGGAGGCGAGCUUGUCCAAAGUGUGCCCAAAUAUGAAUCCCACAUCACCGAACACAUCAAACCCGACGGACGGAAACAAAGCUUCUUGUCCACUGACACAUACAACAUCCAACCUUCCCAAGAACUGAUCAGUCACUCAGUAGCCCCACAAUUGGAAAACACCCUUCCGAAGAACUAUGCACAAUCUAGUUCAGCUCCUCCACUUCCAACUCCUCAGCAGUACAUCAGCAAACCCCUCCCAACGCCUCAGAUCAUCCCGAACUCCGAACCAAUCAACCAAAGUCUUCGGGUGGCCAAUCAGGUCACACAACUCAUCAACGUCUCUCCUCGUAGCAACUUCCAAUCGCAGCAAUCUCAACCACAACCUCAGCCUCAACCGCAACGGCAUCAACCCGCCCAGCAAACGAACUUCGUUUGGAACGGAGGUCCCACCUUCUCAUCGUCCCCCAAACCCCAACAACAAUACCAGCCACAAUCCCAGCCCACAUUUGGCACUCGCUCAUCUGCUACCUAUUCCAAAACGACUCCACUCCUUCCCACAACCACCACUACCCAGCGCCCCACGACCACCACCCCAGCAUCCGCAGUUAGCUCAGAAAAGAAGCAGAAAGCCAUCCUAGACCUUCCCGACGAAGUCCCUGAUGACAUCCGUCAACAUUUGCUCUCGUCCGGCAUUCUCGACAAUGCCGAUAUCAGCGUCCUGGACUACGAUAAGCUUGGAGAGACUGCCUUGGAAAACCUACCGCCAGAGCAUUUGGCCAACUUCUUCAGCUCGGGAGGUGCAUCGCAGCUGGCCGGUUCCAGCAAUGUGGUCUCCGUCGUUAAGCCAAACGGCGAAAAGGUAGCCGAAAAGUUUAUCUCCAAAAAUUACGACACCAAGGACAAGCGCAGUAAAUCAAACUACGAAGAGCAACUGUCAGCUACGAUGCCGGAGAAGCAGAACGUUGACUUGAAGGUCGUACGAUUCGACUCGUCCAGCCAGAAGAACGUCACCGAUCGGUACAUCAAACAGGACUCGACCAUUUUGCCAUCGGUUGACAUCACUGCUGGAGCAGCGAAUCCCGAGCAGAACGAACAAGCCUACAACCGGUACCUGCCGUUGAAAAUUAACGGAGCCCAAUUCCCGAUUCCGGAUGCGGUCGAACUGCGGGGUCGACGUAUCUCCAGUGUGGUCGUACUGGCCCCGGUGGACAACAUCAUGCCGAAUCGGAACUUCGUGAUCAACGCCGAGGCGGAGCAGUCGUCGUCUUUUGCCUCCAACGAGGAAGAAUCCGAACAGUCACGAUUCGAGCGGGAUACGCUACUGGACUCGCAGAAAAUCAAAUUCAUUGCCGGCGAAGCGUUGAAGCAGCUGAUCAAGAAACCAUCGACGGAGAACUUCAAGCGGUGGUUGGAGCGCGAGGGCAAAACCGAUGUCGACCUGCAGAGCGUUGUUCUUCUUGUUACUCGCAACGAGAACGACGUCCAGGAAAUCUUCAUGUACGACAUCGCCACCAAGGGUGUCACACAUCUGAACGGUGAACUGUCGCAGGCCUUCGUCAAGGUAGCCGAAGAAAACGCCCAAACGCAAAACCUGGAAGAGCUGCCCGUCGUCGACAGUGGAAUUGUGGAGCAGAUGGAAGCCUCCGAGAAGGACCUACGGGGUGGGGAGGAAUCAUCCUACGAAGACCAGGACGUUGACCAGGAGGCCGAGUCGGACGAACAGGCGGACGCUUCGGAGCAUAAGCCCAUCUACGUGUAUCCGAUCAACAGCAAGCACCGAAGAAUACAGAUCAACUCCGGGUACAGCAGUAUCAAGAACUAGGCGGCCCAACACGUGCCAAAUGAGAUUGUUGAUGCGUGGAAGCGUUGGAUAACAUGGAUGCGUGAGAGAGUGAAUGCGAGAGCCAAACAAACUUUAUAAAUAGUUCAAAUUUCUUCUUCUUUAGAGCUAAUCGCUAGCAAGUAGAGAGAAACAAGUUGCAUAAUACCGCUGACCGUUGAAUGCUAGAGCGUAUGAAAGCUGUUUAGGAUAUUGUAGUAUUUUUCAAAAACACAUGAAAUACAAUCAAUGAUUUCGACACCGCUAGAAGAAGUUGCAACCGCAGAAAACAUCUUUGCUUGAAGUGAGCAAAUUGUUUUUUUUUCUGUUGGUUAGCACAUCUAUUGUAAAUAGUGCCUAUGAUAAGAUACAGGUUUUCCUUGAGGGAAGCCAAACAGUUCGAAAGUUGCCACACAUAGAAAAUUAGACAAAUAGAGCCCUUAUCUGGGAACCCGGGUAUUUUGCCCAAUAAAGUGUAUGGCUAGGACGUAGUUUUACUCUUUGUUAAGCCUCAAUCACCAUAGAAGCAAUAGAAGGAGAGUUUCAAACUCGAGCUGUUAGCUAGGGACCGCAAAAUGACAUUGACAGUCAGUAGGAUUAGUGAAGUUUUCUUUUGGUCAACAAAGAAAAAGCUCAGCUGUAAAGUUACAAAUUUCGGGAAUGAAAUCAAAAUUGUUAUGAGUGAGAGAACGUAUUUAAUUAAAUUAUGGCAUGUUUUGUAAAAAGUACUAACACAAAUAUCUACAGGAAUUCCAUAUUUCAUUCUAGGAAAGAACUUCAAAUUGAAUUCGGUUACCACAGUAUUCCAUUAAGGUUUCAAGCUGUUCAAACUUGCUUGCAAUGAUGCUACACGAGAUACAAAAUGACACAUAUACUCUAAGCUCUUUACCAAGAUGCCCUGUAACUGCUGAAACUAUUCUUAAUAAAUAUAUGAAUACAAA